CACGCGGGAAAUUCAAAAAUGGCGGAGUUGUGGCUGUUUUGAAUUCAACUCAAUAAUAAUAAUCUAAAACAUAUUCAUAUAGAAAGAUAGUUGAUAAUUCAUUAAUUUAACUGGCGAUUGUCGACUAACUAUAAAGCUCGUUUGGAUGUAAAAUCUUACUGAAAAAGGCUAUUUCUGUAUAGUUGAAAAUGGAUGAAACAGAAGCAAGAUACACGCAUCUCCUUCAGCCCAUCAGGGACAUGACAAAAAACUGGGAGGUUGAUGUGGCUGCGCAGCUUGGGGAAUAUAUGCAUGAGUUAGAUCAGAUCUGUAUUUCUUUCGAUGGAGGUAAAACAACCAUGAACUUUGCAGAGGCUGCCCUACUUAUCCAAGGAUCAGCCUGUAUUUACAGCAAAAAGGUGGAAUACCUUUAUUCCCUGGUCUAUCAAACACUGGACUUCAUCUCCAAUAAAAAGCGAGAGAAGCAGCCAGCAUCUGUUGGAGUGGAUGGUGUUGAUAAAGAUGCAACCUUUGCACAUAGAAAUGAAGAGGAGGAGUUUCUUUCACUGGAUGACAUUAAUGGCACCAACAAAUCAAACAUGGACAUGAGGAAAAAUAAUUCUUCCAAUGUUGUGGACAUAGUUCCACUGACUCCCAUGGGCUUAGUGCCCCCUGAAGAAGCAGAGAAAAAGGAUAACCCACUUUACAGCCGGAAAGGUGAAAUCCUUGCAAGCUGUAAGGAUUUCAGGGUGAACACUUACACACCCCACGCCAAUGGGGCUUUUGUGUUGGAUCUGGCAGGAAUUUCUCCUACAAGGGAGUUUUUAAGGGAGGGAAACAACAGGAAUGCUUCAGUAUUGGAUGUUGGCCCAGGUGAUGAAAAUGGAAACCUACAAGCAGGGACCAGCAACAAUGAGGCACUGCUACCGAUUCUCAACUUUUCAGACCUAGGAGGCGCUGGAGAUAAUGACUGCGAUGAUAAUGAUGCUGGUGAUGCAUUUCCUCCACUUGCAGAGGGCAAUGAUAUGGAGGUAGACCCAUCUCCUUCAGAGCACGUUGAGAGACGCCAGGCUGUAAAUGACAGACAUAUGCUGAGAGAAAGGGCUCUUGCACCAGCUGAGACUGAGAAACCAAAGGAAUUCCUGGAUCCAUGGAGAAGUCUUGAUCCUUUUAGUAAUUCUGAAGACAAGCCCUUUAAAAAAGGCAAGCAUUUUACAAUCCCCCGAGGUGUUGAAGAAACAACUGGAAACAAUAGGAAAAGAAAAGGCCCCACAAAGCUACAGGACUUUAGGAAAUGGUUCUCAGGGACAUAUUAUGAAGGUGCUGAUGUCAAGGGUAAGAAAAAAGGACCAACAUUUGCAGACAUGGAGGUGCUGUAUUGGAAGAACAUGAAAGAGAGGCUUGUUGCACAGAAGAAGAUACAAAAGAAAAUGGGGAUAUUAUUUUCUAAUGAGAUUGCUGAGCACCAGAAUAAAGAUUUGGAAAAUGCAGAGGAACAAAAUGAAGUUGAGGACAACCGCCAUGAUGAUUACCUUGAUAAUGAUGGAGGAGAUGAUUUCUCCGAUCAUGAAAACUUGGCACAAGACUUCCCUGCAGAAAUACUGGACGAGGAGGGACUGGCAGCUACUGAGCCCCAGGAGGAAAGGCCGAGUUACGAGGAUCUGGUCCGCAGAAAUGUGGAUCUGUUUAUUGCUAACUCCCAGAAGUAUGCACGAGAGACAGUGCUAUCUAUCAGAGUGAGAGAUUGGGAAGACAAGAUGGGCCCACAGCUAACCGAACAGGAAGAAAGAGUAGCCUUUGACAUCCAUGAUUACGGGGACAAGAUUGUGGAUGCUUUUAGCCAAGUGGGAGAGAGACGCACGUUUGCCAGCAUUGUGAAGGGGAAGGAAGCGUUUGAAGUGUGCCGCUACAAGCUGGCAUCUUUGCAACUGGCAAAUGACUGCACAGUGAAGAUAGAUAAAAAACCAGGACUAUAUGAAUCGAUUGAUUCCAUGGAACUGACCCUGCUAAGCAAACGGCGAGCACAUGAAAGAUUUCAAACAUAUGCUGCUCCUUCCCUUACUGAUUUCUGAUCCCAGUGGAACCAUGGACACAUUGGUGUUUAUUGGAUUUAAAAGUUUUUAGGAAAUGCAUUGAUAAGUCAAUAAACUGAAGCUUCUAAGUUUCUCAAAAAAAUAUGGACAUGCAACCAGGUAAAUGCUUCCAUGUGAAAGCUGACUGAAGCUGAUGUGCAGUGUCAUGAGGUCCAAACAGGGGGUCCAAACCCACAAGUUUUAAGGAUUUAAGAGUAUGGGUCUUUUCAGUUGUGUGCUAAUUAGAUUUGGGGGGAUGUACAUCCAGCCUUAAAUGCAAAGCAAGUAACUAAACAUGCACUUGCAUUUCCUAUACCACAGACUUUUAAUAUAUGUUUUCAAGGUCUUUGUAUUUUAUGAAUGUACAUUUAUAUAAAGCAAAAAAAAAAAAAAAUGCUGUGCCUUGUACUGAUUAGAUACCUUUAUUUAUUUAAAUAUAUAUAUAUAAUAUAUAUAGGCUAAUUGGCUUUUUCUUUACUCCAAUAAAUAUUGCCUUACUCUACUUGCUUGAAUAAAAUGACAAUUUUCUUAUGUCAGUAGUUUUAUAUACAAGAAUGACCAUAUUCAGCUCGGUGCUGAAUGUAUAAUUAUACCUGUACGACAGGUAUAAAAAAUACUAUUGUGACCUUGGUAGUGAAUAAUGUAAAUGUCAAUUUUGAUGUAUGAUUGCAUUGUUUCUACGAUACAGUUUUUAUGAUUUUUUAAGGAAUGUUCCUGUUGUACAUUACUAGUUUGAAUUGUGUGGCAGUAGAACAUUUGUAUUAUAGUGUUAUAAGGCCUGUUACUAAUUACGUUUUUAACAAUUACUAUUUAAAAUCAAAUAGUAGAGAAACCGCAGAGCUGUAUCCAUUCAAUGAACUGGAACUACGUGUUCACUAUUUUUUGGCUAAUGAGCUAAGACUAUAAGUAUGCAAAAUAUUAAAUGGAUUGUUUCAUGGGGUAUUGCUUUCAAAUACUGUAUAUUGAUGGCAACUUGUUUUUGUUUACAUCAGGAUUAAGUUAAGUUAAAUACAAUUAAUAAAUGUAAUACAUUCAUUGUUAAAA